AAAAUCAUCAUCUCUCGCUCUCAGCUGCGAAGAUGCAACCAAUAAAAAGAUCCAGGAAACAUGUUGAAGAAGAGCCAACAAUGGCUGAACCUAAAAUCAAGUACGAUCGUCAACUCAGGAUUUGGGGGGAGGUAGGUCAAGCGGCUUUGGAAGAAGCUAGUAUCUGUUUGCUGAAUUGUGGCCCUACUGGUUCCGAGGCCUUGAAGAAUCUCGUCCUUGGUGGUGUUGGCUGCAUCACCAUCGUUGAUGGAUCCACGGUUCAAAUCGGUGACCUUGGAAACAAUUUCAUGGUCGAUGCGAAGAGUGUUGGGCAGUCUAAAGCCAAAUCUGUUUGUGCGUUUCUCCAAGAGCUUAAUGAUUCUGUUAACGCCAGGUUUAUUGAGGAGAAUCCAGACACUUUGAUUACUACUAACCCAUCUUUCUUCUCUCAGUUCACUAUCGUUAUAGCCACUCAGCUGGUGGAAGAUUCAAUGGUGAAACUUGAUAGAAUCUGUCGAGAAGCAAACGUCAAGUUGGUUUUAGUUCGCUCUUAUGGCCUUGCUGGGUUUGUUCGCAUCUCUGUAAAGGAGCACCCCAUAGUUGACUCAAAACCAGAUCAUUUUCUUGACGACCUUCGCUUGAAUAAUCCAUGGCCUGAACUCAAGAGUUUUGUGGAGACCAUUGAUCUAAAUGUAUCAGAGCCGCCUGCUGCACAUAAGCACAUACCUUACGUCGUCAUUCUUGUGAAGAUGGCUGCUGAGUGGGCUCUAUCCCAUAGUGGUAAUCUUCCCUCAACCAGGGAAGAGAAAAAAGAGUUUAAGGAUUUGGUUAAGUCCAAGAUGAUAUCUAUGGAUGAAGAUAACUACAAAGAAGCCAUUGAAGCCGCUUUCAAAGUUUUUGCUCCUCCGGGAAUCAGCUCAGAGGUUCAAAAAUUAAUUAAUGAUAGUUGUGCGGAAGCGAAUUCAAACUCCUCAGCUUUUUGGGUGAUGGUAGCGGCUCUGAAGGAGUUUGUUUUAAACGAAGGUGAUGGAGAGGCACCCCUUGAAGGCUCUAUACCAGAUAUGACGUCUUCAACAGAACACUAUAUCAAUUUGCAGAAAAUCUAUUUAGCCAAAGCUGAGGCUGAUUUUCUUGUCAUGGAGGAACGAGUUAAAAACAUUUUAAAGAAAAUCGGUCGAGAUCCGAAUAGCAUCUCAAAAUCAACAAUCAAGAGCUUCUGCAAGAAUGCAAGGAAACUUAAAUUGUGCAGAUAUAGUAUGGUAGAGGACGAGUUCAGCAAUCCUUCUGUAACUGAAAUUCAAAAGUAUUUAGCGGACGAAGACUACAGUGGUGCAAUGGGAUUUUAUAUUCUUCUUAGAGCUGCGGACAGAUUUGCUGCCAACUAUAACAAGUUUCCUGGGCAGUUUGAUGGAGGAAUGGAUGAGGACAUUUCUCGAUUAAAAACUACUGCCUUGAGUCUUCUUACGGACUUGGGCUGUAACGGCGCAGUACUCCCCGAUGACCUUAUCAAUGAGAUGUGCCGCUUUGGUGCCUCAGAGAUUCAUGUGGUUUCUGCCUUUGUUGGAGGAAUCGCAUCUCAAGAAGUCAUCAAGCUUGUCACGAAGCAGUUUGUUCCAAUGUUGGGGACUUACAUCUUCAAUGGCAUUGAUCACAAGUCUCAGUUAUUGAAAUUGUAGAAGAUCUUUCCUUACACAUUGGCUUGAAACAGAGAUAAAUAGCUCUAUCAUAUCUAUUUAUUCUUCUCUGAGUUGAAAGAGAUUCUUUUUGCGGCUACUGGGAAACAAACUGUUCAAUGACAA